AGUCACCGUCGUCUUCUAUGAAAGGAGUCCAAAACCCCAUUUGCAAAACCAAGCAGUGUUCUUCCUCUCCUCUUCUUCUGUGAGUGCAACUGAGGGAAUUGGAAAAAUCAAGGUGAGGGAUUGGAGUUCAAGAAGUAGAAGAAAUGAAUAAGCUGAAACUCUAUGUGGAUCGUAAGUCACAACCAGCUCGUGCUCUUAUUAUCUUCUGCAGGUUAAAUGGAAUCGAUUUCGAGGAGAUUACUGUGGACUUCAUAAAGCGUCAAACUCAUUCGCCUGAUUUUAUAGAAAUUAAUCCUAUGAAACAAGUUCCAGCAAUAGUUCAUGGUGGAUUAAAGCUGUUUGAGAGUAAUGCGAUUCUGCGGUAUCUUGCUUGUGCAUUCCCAGGAGUUCCAGAUCAUUGGUAUCCUGCCGAUCUUUCCAGGAGAGCUAAGAUUGACUCUGUCUUGGAUUGGCAUCAUUUGAAUUUACGCCGUGGUGCAACUACCUAUGUUCAGAGUACAGUACUAGGACCAGUACUCGGUCGUACGAAUCCCCAAAAAGCUUCUGAAUCUGAGAAAAUUGUGGCAGAAUCCUUAUCAAGCAUUGAAACCUUUUGGCUUAAAGGGAAUGAAAAAUUUCUAUUGGGAAACUCUCAACCAUCUAUUGCAGACCUCAACCUUGUCUCUGAAAUUAUGCAACUCGAGGUUUUGACUGAGAAGGAUAUCAACAAGUUCUUGGGUCCCUACAGAAAAGUUUUGCAGUGGGUUGAGGAUUUGAGAAAUGCAACAAAUCCUCAUUUUGAUGAAGCACACAAAGACAUAUUGGGAGUGAAAGAGAAGUAUCAUGGUUUAGCUGAAUCUACCAUUAGAGGAAUGUUACCAUCACAAAUGUAAGUGUUCAGGGAGAGGUUCGGUUCCAGCAAUCAUCAAAGCUGUAUGUGUUCAGGGAGAUGUUCAUUCCGGCAAUCUGCAACUAUUAGUAUCAAAGACAAGUAAAAUCUAAUACCGAAAUCAGGGACGGGGAAUCCUGAAACUAUAAUUUGGAGUGUGUUAUGAUAGCAGGAUCAUAAAAAUCAUGAAAACUUACUUCAUAUUCAUGCUAGUUUAAUUUGGGUUAUAAGUUGACUCUGGAAAUAAUGGAAUUUCCUCUACAUGCUUUGAUUAAAA